UCAUCACCACAGUGUUCGUACACCACGCGCUGUGAGACAGAAUCGUGUUCAUCUCCUCGCAAAAGCUAUUCCUUCCCGCCGAGCCGAUCUAUGGUAACCUAACCUUGCCGGCGCCCCAAUCAAACCGCCAUGGCGCCGCCAUCCCAUUCCCUCAAGAAUCCUCUUAUACUUGGUCCUUCCACGCGCGCGUCCUGCAACCUCGGCCAUUCAAGCCACGGCGAGCGUGGCGCGGGCGACGAGCUAAUAAGCUUAAGCCCUGCUACCUCCGCGCGCGCCGGGCAUGUCCGCGGGCGCUGGCGGCGGCGGCGGCCGCGUGCGCCGGCGCCGGCGGUCGUGGCGCCUGUACUGGUGCUACGUGUGCGGCCGCGCGGUGCGCGCCGUGUCGUACCCGACCUCGGACGUCUUCUGCCCGCGCUGCUUCGGCCGCUUCCUCCACGAGAUCGACCUGCCGGCGCCGCGGCCCGUGCUCCCGCCGCCCGACCGGUUCUUCCAGCCGCCGUUCCUCCCGCACGACGGCCCCCGCCGGUGGGUCGUGUACACCGGCGGCCACGCCACGGCCGACGCCGACGCGCCGCUCCCCCGCCGCAGCCGCCGCCCCCGGCGCGUCCCGUCCCCGCCGCCGUCCCCCGCAACGCGGCUCACGGACGACGACGACGGCAACCCCUUCGACGCGCCGCCACCGCCGCCGCCUCCUACCGUGGUCGGCUGGGACGAGUUCCUCAUCGGGCCCAACCUGGACGCGCUCAUCGAGCGGCUCACGCAGGUCGACCGCCCCGGGCCGGCGCCCGCGCCGGAGUCGGCUAUCGAGUCGCUCCCCACGGUGCGGGUCUCCCCGGCGCACCUGGCGGACGGCCCGCAGUGCCCCGUGUGCAAGGAGGAGUUCGAGCUCGGGGAGGCCGCGCGCGAGCUGCCGUGCAAGCACGCGUACCACACCGACUGCAUCGUGCCGUGGCUCCGGCUCCACAACUCGUGCCCGGUCUGCCGGCAGGAGCUGCCGGACGGAUCCCGGGAGGGCGGCGGCGAGGAAGCAAGUGGCGGGGCGGAGGCGGCGCCGCCGGGGCCGGUGGUGGUGGCCGGAUGGGGGCCGCUGGCACGCCCGCCGGACGGGGACGCUUGGGAGAGGAGCGAGGCGGACGACGGGGACGCCGCCGGGGGUGGUGCCUGUGCGGCGGCUGUCCUGCAGUCGUUCGUCGUCGUCGCCGCUUGCUUUUUCGCCCUCUCGUUCUUUGUUUGAGACUGAGAUAGGGAGCUGUGUCUGUCAGCUCAUGGAGCAGGAACCGAGCAAACACGAUGGCAACAGGCAACACGACCACAGUCCCCACUGUAUACAUGAUGAAAGAUUGAUACAUUACUGCCCAACAUCUUCUUUUUUGUGCGUGUGGAAUUGUUGCAAAACAAGCAAACUUCAUAUUCAUCAUGUUCAGUAUAUUGUUCAUUACCUGAUA